AUGGCAUUCCAAGUAGAUCUUCUGUUUCAUGAUAUGAUCCAGCAGGUGAACAGGCUUCUUGAAUAUCCUAAAUGGCUUUCUGUAGAAAGAUCUCAGAUUUCUUUUUAUUCUAUAAAGCUCACCUCCAUCUACAUGGCAUUCCAAACGCGUCCAAUGAAAUGUCAGGAUAAUUUGUCUGAGUUGUUAGUUGAUACAACACUCCAUAUUCUUGUCAGGAGGAUACUUGAUAGUAAGAAUCUGGGAACAAGCGGUGAGUUUUCCAACUUAAUUGAUCCUCCUGAUCUCACCCUUAUUGGAAUGCGACUAGCUUUUGAAGUUCAGGUGAUUUACAAAGCCUUCAUGCAAGAUUCUUCAUUGGAUCUUUCCCUUCAAGAUAAGGAUUUGAAUUUCACUUUCGGUCCAUAUAUGAAUCCGGAUGGGGACAUGAAAUUUCAAGAAGUGUUCAUUGGAUUCAAGUCGGAGGCUAGUGGUUUACUCCAACAACUUGCUUCAAUCACAAAGAAAAAGCUAGAAGUUAUUUCCGUUGUAGGAAUGGCUGGACUUGGUAAGACCACAUUAGCUACAAGACUUUAUAAUGAUCCUUACGUUAUGCAUUACUUCUAUAUUCGAGCAUGGGUCACCUGUUCUCAGGUCUAUCGGAAGAAGGAUUUGUUGCUUUCUAUAUUAAGGUCUGUUAGUGACAUUACUGAUGAUAUCUGUGAGAUGGAUGAUAAUGUGGUAGCCCAUCACUUAUAUAGAGCUUUGAUGGGACGGAGAUAUCUUAUUGUAAUUGAUGAUAUUUGGAGCAAUGAGGCUUGGGAUGAUUUUAAAAGAUGUUUUCCAGAUGACAACAAUGGAAGUAAGAUAAUGAUGACCACCCGGCUCAAAGAUGUUGCAUUGCAUGCCCAACCCGAAGGGAAUCCACUGUGCUUGAGGUUCCUAACUGAAGAGGAAAGUUUUGAUUUGUUGAGAAGGAAAGCUUUCAUAUGGGGGAUAUUUUCUGGUAAUUUGAGCUUGAUUGGAAAGAGUAUUUCAAGUAAAUGUCGUGGCUUGCCUCUGGCAAUUGUUGUUAUUGCUGGAAUACUCAAAAACAAAUAUCAGGUAGAUUGGUGGGAGCAGGUUGCAGAAAGUGUAAGUUCAUAUAUUUUAUCUGAUGAAAAACAAUACAUGGAUACACUGGCAUUAAGUUAUAACCACUUGCCUCAACACUUAAGGCCUCUUUUUCUCUCUUUUGGAGCAUUUCCAGAAGAUCAUGACAUCAUUUGGUUAUGGAUUACAGAGGGAUUUAUACUUCCUGACAGCACAAGAAAGAGCUUAGAGGAUGUUGCUGAGCACUACCUUAUGGAUCUUGUAAGUAGAAGUCUUGUUGUUGCGGAAAAGCUGAGGAAGAGAAUUUUUCACCUGAUAUCUACAAGUACAAUAAACAUUCUUAUACAUGUCCUCGCUGUUCAACAAAUUCCUCUAAAAAAUCCCAUCUUCGUCUCUGCACUACCAAUGCAUCAAACUGUUCUUGCUAUACUUUCUGAAGUCUCACAAUCAAAUCACGUGGAUGUAUCAAUUACAUGUGAUACCUCCAAACUUAUGAGAACUCUGGAUCUUUCAUCUAUAGAAUUGUUAGUAUUUCCAACCGAGUUGUUGCAACUAGUACAAUUGAGGUAUUUAGAACUUCAGUUUAGGACUGGUAACCCUCCCGAAUCUAUAUCCCACCUUAAAGAACUCCAGACACUUAUUAUGUCAUCAAGAAUGCACAUAGUUGUUCCAAACAAUACGUGGAAGAUGAAACACUUGAAGCAUUUUUGUAUAAAAUCAGGGGUAAAUCUCGUGAAUUUCUCUUCUGUUGAUGAUAAUUCUAGCUUGCUGGAGCACUUGCAGACCAUGUCACUUGUGAGCCCUACUAGGUCAUGUCGACAUAUGUUAGCUAGAACUUAUAACUUGCAGAAGCUUGGUCUUUGUGGACCAAUGACAACAGCCAGCGGGGAUUUGAAGUUUCCAGAUAUCUGCCAUUUAAAGCAACUCACAACAUUGAAGUUGUUAAAUACAAUUCCUUUGUGCAAAGUCGCCAGACUAAGCGAUUCAUUUCUAUUUCCUGAAACUCUUAAAAGUCUUUCUUUAUCAAAUACUUAUUUGGGUUGGAAGGAAGCUUGGGCCUUUGAAAUGAUACCUAAUCUUGAAGUUCUCAAGUUAAAAUUUCAUGCCUUCGUGGGUAAUGACUGGGAAACAAGACCGGAAGCAUUCCCUCAUCUUAAAUUUCUAAGACUUGAUGAAUUGGAUAUUGUGACUUGGACAGCUUCUCGUAAUCACUUUCCAGUGCUUCAGCGCUUGCAGGUGUGGCGAUGCUCAUAUCUGAUGGAGAUUCCGGAAGACUUUGGUAAUAUAUGCACACUUGAGUGGAUUGAACUAAGUGGGUGUAGUGAUGCUGCAGCAGAUUCAGCAAGGGAUAUUAUGAAAGAGCAAGGGAGCAAUGGCAACGACUGGCUUAAAAUCCGUCUUAACCCUGGACUAACACCUAGCUAA